CUUUCUCUAUUCCUGCUGCUGAUGCUGCCAUACGGGUGUUGAACUCUCCACUUUCCUUUUACUUUGUCCAAACCAGUGAAAACCCAUUCUCCCUACGCUCCCACAGUCUCACUUACGCAAUACGUACAUUUAUACACGUAUAUGGGGCCAUUGUCCUUUGCUUGAAAUUCUAGCUUUUUCGUGGAAGACACGAUCCGACUCUGCCACUCUCUCUCGAUACCUUUUAUCUCUCUCUCUCUCUCUUUGUAGCUUCGCUUCGCUUCUCUUCGAUAUGGAAACGGAGAAUCAUCAUCCAUAUGGCAUGCCUGAUCUUAGGCAACUGCUCAACGGAAGACCAAGCCAUUUCCAAACAGUUCCUCAGGGUCCUGAGUUAUUCUCCUACGGCAACCGGAAUGUGCCGUCCCCUCAACCUCCCCAUCAUCAUCACCACCACCAGUUUUAUAUGAUGCAAAUGGCCGAGGGUAGGCAAGUUAGUCAUGAAUUGAUGCCUCGUGGACUUCAUCACGAGUUCCAUUCAGAUGCUACUGCUAAUAAUGUUACCACCACGGCUUCUGCGGCUGUCAACAGUGGUUCGACUCCUAGUGCCAGUUGUGGGUUCGAUGGUGAUGCUAUUCCCUUUGGAGGUGAUGGAGAAACUGGAAGAUGGCCUCGUCAAGAGACUUUAACACUUCUUGAGAUUAGAUCUCGGCUUGAUCCCAAGUUCAAAGAAGCUAAUCAAAAGGGUCCUUUGUGGGAGGAAGUUUCCAGGAUCAUGUGCGAGGAUCAUGGGUACCAAAGGAGUGGGAAAAAAUGUAGGGAGAAAUUUGAGAACUUGUAUAAGUAUUACAAGAAAACUAAGGAAGGGAAAGCUGGAAGACAAGAUGGUAAGCAUUAUAGAUUCUUUAGACAGCUUGACGCUUUAUAUGGAGAAACCAGCAACUCAGUUUCAGGCCAAGAAACUCAACUCGUUGGCAACAAUUUUCGGUUCCAUGCCACUCAAAACUGCAAUAUUACUCAAGCAAAUCAAGAUGUCUAUCACUCUCAAAAGCUUUGUGAUAGUCUAAGCUUCUCAAAUUCCUUUGAAUUCGACCCUACUUCCUCCGAUGACAAUGGUUUAAGCACUGCAGCUGCAAUGGAGAAUGUCACUUCAUUGAGGAAGAAAAGGGGUGGUAGUAGGUGUUGGAAGGCAAAGAUAAAAGAGUUUAUUGAUUCACAAAUGAGGAAACUAAUAGAGAGGCAAGAGGCAUGGCUUGAGAAGCUGACAAAGACUCUAGAAGAAAAGGAGAAAGAGAGGGUUUUAAGGGAGGAACAAUGGAGGAAAGAAGAGGCUGCAAGGACUGAUAGAGAGCAUAAGUUUUGGGCUAAAGAGCGAGCUUGGAUUGAAGCUAGAGAUUCUGCUUUAAUGGAGGCUUUGCAGAAUUUGACUGGGAAACAAUUGAAGGGUGUUUCAUCAUCUGUAGUGAUAAUGGCUAAUGAAAUGGAAAACCAAAGUGAAACGUUAAAGGACACCGUUAUUGCAGAUGGGUGGCAAGAAACUGAGAUUUCUAAGCUAAUACAGCUGAGAACCACCAUGGAAGGGUGCUCUGAGGAGAUUCUAUGGGAAGAAAUAGCUGCUAAGAUGGCUUGUUUAGGCUUUGAAAAGAGUGCUUUAAUGUGCAAAGAGAAAUGGGAUAGCAUUGGCGCUUACUUGAUGAAAACAAAGGAGAGUAAUAAAAAGCGAAAGGAGAACACAAGAGAUCACUGUGGCUAUUAUCAGAACAAUGAGUCACUCUACAGUGAAACACUGAGACUCCAAGAAAAUGAUGGCUCUUCCCCUUCUAACUUCAACACAGUUGGCAAUGGUGUAAAUGACAGUUGCUUUCGCUUCUUAAUGAACGAUGGAGAGAACUAUUGGGAAAGCUAUGGUUUGAAGCUCAAUAAAGGUAAUGAAAGCUCCCCCCAAAAAGAACAGAUUUCUAAAUUAUUCUAAUCCCACAUCUGAUGUAUGCAAAUGGGUAUACUUUCAAGAGGUAAGAAACUAUUUGACAAAUUUUACACUCUUUUAGGAUGGGUUUGUACAAUGU